CCCGUCUUCUUUCUCCUGGCGACAUCACGACCCGCGAGCGCGAACAAGAACGCAGCCGCCGUCUUGACCCAACCCAGCCAGCCAGCCGAUCAAGAACCUAAGUUAUAAGCACUUUUCUUCCCCCAUACGGCUUGUCACGCAAGCCGCUGCCGAGUUUUCUGUCUCGCCGGCACUGGUCGCAGAUUCCCCCGCGAAAGCAAGGACGAGCGCUUUCUUUGCUUCUUUUCUUGCUCUGUCCUCUGGCCUUGUGCUCUCCGUCCGCCCUGCAAAAGCAGCAGAAAGUUCCCGUCCCGGCAGCUGUUCUUGAUUCUUGCGGGGGUCACAGGUCCAGUUCGCUGUUCUUGACCCGCGGCGUGGGCGGGCCAGUACUGGGCCGCGGCGGGGCGACCCUCGGCGGCGGCGGCGACGGCCGAUCGAUGGGCACGGUGAAGGCGUGGGUGGCGGACAACUACGCGGAGGCCAUGGCGUCGAUGCAGAACUCGCUGCGCGUCGCGUACGUGGUCUUCUCCUUCUGCGCCGCCUUCUUCCUCGGUGGCAUCAAAGCGAUGGUGGUCGGCCCGGUUGCCGCGGCGCUGAUGAUACUGGGCAACGUCGGAGUGAUACUCGUCCUCUUCCCGGCGCACGUUUGGUGGACCAUCUACUCGCUCAUCAAGACGGACCGCAUCAACGCGGGCCUGAAGCUGGCGGGGCUCAUCGCGCUGCCGGUGCUGCUGGGGCUCUGGCUGGGCCUGGGCAUCUUUGGGAGCGCGCUGGUGGCUCUCGGCUACGGCUUCUUCACCCCGUGGAUCUCCACCUUCGAGGCGUUCCGGCAGGAGAGCGACGCCAAGAAGUUUGUCCAUGGCAUUGUGGACGGGACGUGGGGGACGAUCAAGGGCAGCUGCACGGUGGUGAGGGACUUCGCGGACAUUUGCUUCCAUUCCUACCCGGUUUACCUCAAGGAGUUCCGCCAGUGCUCCCACAACCGGCAGCCCCACUCCAUAAGGCUGUUGGAUGUGCCGUCAUGUAUAGCCGUCGGCCUCCUGGGGCUGGCCGUGGACAUACCGCUGUACACGGUGAUAGCGCUGGUGAAGAGCCCCUACAUGCUCUUCAAGGGCUGGCAGAGGCUGCUGCACGACCUCAUCAGCCGUGAGGGCCCGUUCCUCGAGACCGUCUGCGUGCCCAUCGCGGGCCUUGCCAUCCUCUUCUGGCCCCUCGUGGUCGUGGGGAGCGUCCUCAUGGCCGUCGUCUCCAGCAUCUUUGUCGGGCUCUACGGUGCAGUCAUCGUCUACCAGGAGAAGUCGUUCCGGAGGGGGAUUUCCUAUGUGGUGACCAUGGUCGCGGAGUUUGAUGAGUACACGAACGACUGGCUUUACCUUCGCGAAGGGACAGUUCUUCCAAAGCCUUCCUAUCGGAAGAGAAAAUUACCCGAUUCUGCGGAGUUCUCUCUCCGAGCAACUGUUUCUGUCAAGGGAGGUGAGCAUCCUGCUGCUUCCGGUGAAGCACCGGCAAUGCUGGUUCCAGCGUUGGUUCCAGCGCGGUCAGUCAGGGAGGCCAUACAAGAGGUCAAAAUGGUCCAGAUAUGGGAAAACAUCAUGAAGUCAUGUGAGCUGAGGGGCAGGGAUCUUCUAAAUCUAAACGUCAUAACAACCGUUGAUCUGACCGAGUGGUUAAGAACAAAGGACGGUAACAAUGACACAAUAGACCUGGGCCUACCUUCCUAUGCUCUGCUGUGCACCGUCCUCCAAUCAAUCAAGGCUGGUUCUGGAGGGCUACUACUAGGCAACGGCGUGGAGGUCGAUCAACAGAACCGGCCCCAAGACCUGUUGCUAGAUUGGUUCUUCCACCCUGUGCUAGUGCUGAAAGACCAAAUACAGGUGCUGAAAAUGCGGGAGGAGGAGGUGAGGUUCUUGGAGAAAUCGACUCUUUUCGUUGGUAAUUUUGCAAGCGCAAAUGCGUGGGAUAAUGGUGCCGAAAUCCCCAAAGAUCCUGUAAGGACAGCACAGAUUCAGGCAAUCAGUAGAAGGAUGGUCGGGAUCGUGAGGAGCAUGUCAAAGUUCCCCACGUACAGGAGGAGAUACAGGCACGUGGUGAAGCUGCUCGUGGCAUACUCCGUGGAGCGGGAAGGGUCCUUCGGCUCAUCCGAUUCAGCCCAGUCGAUCUCCUUCGAGAUAACACGCCUCGAUGUAUGAGUUAGGAGGAUCAGAGAUAGUCCUACUCUUUUGUUGCAUAUUUUUCUUCAGUAGAUACCGCACGCCGUUUUUGUCUGUGCGUCUCUGUUUCAAGUCUUGGGAGCUUCUGUAAUUUUGUAUAGCUGUUGUGAAAAAUGGGGUUCAGGUCGAUCCAAUGCACAUACUGUGAGAUGACCGGGAUUUCAGACAUGAGUCUUCCAUGGUGCUGUAAAUUUUUGUGUAUACUUCUUUUACGGAGUUCUGUAUAUGCAGAAGCCAGAAGUAAUUGGUUCGUUAGUUCUUGUAUUGUUUAA